AUGAAUGCCGAUGUCGAUGCAAUCGAUAUCGAUGAUGACGAUGACGACGAUACUGGCAUAUUCAGCAUCGCCAAUGACCGCCAAAGUGAGGACGAUGACACCCUCACUGGUGAAGACAACGCUCGUUCAGCAGUGCACACGAAGCGCACUGCUGUUAAAAAGGAUGAAUCAGAAGAGGAUUUUCUGCUGACUUGCCAAGCGCUUGUCCGCUUCUUUCAAGACUCUAUUGUAGAUGCACUAGACUGA